ACGGCGAGUGGUACUACAGUUAUACUCACCACCAUGAACACCUUCGUCGAACGCUUUACAACAAAUGCAUCAAAUGGGCUCUUCUGCGGAAAUGGAGCUGUAGAGGAAGACGAGGAGUUCUCAGAUGCUAUGUGGGGCUCUGAAGCUGGGUUCGGAAGUCUGGCGAGAGGAGUGCCCUCUUUCACCGUUCCUUCUGUAUCAGACCCUGCAGCUUUCCUGAGAUUGCACACAGACGAUCAUGCAGACCCAAAUUGCAAGAUUAAAAUCCAGCAUGGAACUACCACUCUGGCAUUCAGAUUCCAAGGAGGUGUCAUCGUUGCUGUCGACUCUCGAGCUACUGCAGGAAGCUAUGUUGCAUCUGGCACAGUGAAGAAAGUCAUCGAGAUCAAUCCUUAUUUGCUGGGUACAAUGGCUGGAGGUGCAGCCGAUUGUCAGUACUGGGAGACAUAUCUCGGUAUGCAUUGUAGAUUGCAUGAACUGCGGAACCGGGAACGCAUUUCGGUAUCUGCUGCCAGUAAAUAUCUCAGCAAUCUUGUGUAUGGCUAUAAAGGUAUGGGCUUGAGCAUGGGUACGAUGAUCUGUGGCUGGGACAAAACUGGUCCAGCUGUAUUCUAUGUCGACUCAGAUGGCACUCGUCUCAAGGGAGACCUGUUCUCGGUGGGAUCGGGUAGUACGUUUGCCUACGGUGUGUUGGACCAAGGAUACCGGUGGGACCUGAGUGAUGAGGAGGCUCAAGAGCUUGGGAGAAGGAGUAUAUACGCUGCCGGUCAUCGUGAUGCAUUUUCAGGUAACACCUGUAACCUUUACCACGUAAAGGAAAACGGUUGGAACUUCAUCGGAAACUACGAUAUCUCAAAAUUACAUUAUGACGGUCCUGGGGAUGUUGCUGGUUCGCCUGGCCAUGGAUAUGGGUACGACUUGCGAGUGGAGGGACGCAGUUCAGUUAAUGCUCCUGAAGCUGCUCCAGCCGUGGCUGCUCAGGCAUGAUUGUAGAAGUGCAAUAUGUACAAUGAAACUAUCGAUCAUCGAAUCAAAUCGCUUGGCAGGAUUGAAACGUGUAAAGUAAAUCGUCGACGUCUUGAUUUGCUAUAAUAUUCAUCACCAAUUGAAAA